AUCUUUACAUUUCCUUCAUAUAAGUAACGACCGUCUUCGCUCCAUUUGCUUCAUCAAAUCAAAAUCAUCGAUCGAAUUCAAAACAUAAAUCUCGUUGUUGCCCUUCUGUUCUUCACAGAGCCAACUUACUUUAUCGACUUUUGAGUGUAGUAGUUCUUAAGUCAUCCCGAGAUUUGCAAGAUGAGUUCAGCAAGCAGAGCUUGGACUGUGGCUGCUAGUGUCGGGGUUGUGGAGGCGUUGAAGGAUCAGGGCGUCUGCAGGUGGAACCACGCUUUGAGGUCAGCCCAGCAACGCAUGAAAACCCAUGUCAGAUCCUUGUCGCAGUCCAAGAAGCUUUCUUCUUCCUCUUCUGCUAUGGUUUCCGGCAGAUUAAAAGACGACAAGGCAAAUCAGUCAGAGGAGUCCCUAAGGAAAGUCAUGUACUUAAGCUGCUGGGGUCCCAAUUAGAGAAGAUAUUUUCGUAAAAGGAGUUGAAGUUUCGCCCCGAUUAAUGAAAACGGGACCUGAAAUUUCUUUUUGUGGAUCUUUAUCGGUUGAACUAACCUCUGUGAGAGUCUGAGAGAUUGAUGUAAAUACAAAUUUUGUUAUUUGGUGUAAAUAUAUAUUUUGUUGAAUGAGGGAUCGAUGCAGUUUUAAUCA